CUUCACAAUGUAUAGCAUUCUCAUACCAAAUAGCACCAAGAGUUAAAUGAUCCACACCAACAUGUAACUAUUUAUAGUAAGAAUAAUUUGGUAACCUAUCGAUAUAUAUAUGUGGAAGAAAAUAAAAGACAAAAAAGUAAAAAGGACUUGAGGGUAAUGACUUUAGGUAGGAGACCAAGUGAAUUUGGUUCCUUGAAGAUAGAACAGCAAUUCUGCAAAAGCUUCUAGGUACAAAUACUUACUAGAAAGUAGGAAGAAGUGGGUAAGUGGUCACAAGAUUUCCAAAUGGCGGGCCUUUCUUUUGAACUAAAUAGUGCAAAUACAAUUUCUAAAAGCAACACACACAACCUAAAAAAGUGCACACCUUCCUCCAACAUGAAUCCCACGUCUCUAUUUAACAGCCUAACUGUCCCCCUUAACUGCUUCUAUUGCACUUCUUUUUCCCUCUGCUAACUCCAAGAAAGACCAUUCACAAAAAAUUUAGCAAAACUUCCAUUUUCUGCUGCUUCUUUUUCAUAGUGAAAGAUGAAGUGGGGAAAGAAGAAGCCUUCAUCUUCAUUGAUCAAUCAUGUUUUCCCUGUUUCUUGGCUCUCAAAAUUCAAACAAAAGAAGAAUGGCAAGACUGAGAAUCAAGAAGCAGCAAAAAUGAAGCAAAAGGGCAAGGUGAAUUUGACUUCUUUGACUUCGCCGACGACGAAUGUUAGCCUGAAAGAAGGCAGAUUCUAUGGUGGAUAUGAUGAUGAUGAUCCUUAUUGGAGGCUUUCUUUUACUGAAGAUAGAUUUGAAGCUUAUCAUCAGAAUCAGCAGAUUCAGAACCCACUCUGGAAUGGUUCUUAUGAUGAAUGUGAUCAAUUUUCGGCUUGGAAUUCCAAGAUUCUUUUGGGAGAAGAGGAUCACAAGUUCAAUUAUAUGGUUUCAAGAAAGAUAACGGAAAAGCCCAAGAAAAUGUGGAUUUCACAGAAAGAAGCAGAAUUCAGCAACAGAAAGAGGAAUUCUGUUAGAGAUGAGAAGUUGAGGAAACUGAGUAGAAAAGCUCUGGAGGAGAGAAUAGCAGAAAAUGCUAGAGAACCUGAUCAAGAAGAAGAAGAAGAAAGAGCAACAGAGGUGAUAGAGAAAGAUAUAUUCGAAAUAGAGCCCGAGAAUGAGAAGGUAAUGCAAAAGAGGAAGGAGAAAUCAACAGCCUAUUGUACAAGAAAGACGAAGAGCGUGACUGAUUCCAGGCAGAAUACAGUCGAGGAAACUUACAUGUUUGAAUCUCUGAAUCUGGAGGAAGAAGCUGAUGAAUUGUCUGAAGAAGAAUUUGAAUCAGAAUGCCUAGAGAUGAAAGACAUGAAGAUCAAACAAAUGUCAGAGAAAAGCGAAUAUCAGCAGAGAAAAUCAGUGUACAUAAACCAGAAGAGAAGACGAAAACAUGGUGUUAAACUCAGAGCAUAUUCACCAAGAACAACAGCCAAGAUAGAAUGCAGAAUCAAAGCUCUUGAAGACAUGAAGAAAGCAAAGAUGAAGAUGAGACAAGAGACAAAGGAGAGAUCGGGAGGAGACAGGACAGUUUUCGAUAGCUAUGCUGUUGUAAAGAGUUCAUUUGACCCUUUUAGGGACUUCAGAGAGUCGAUGAUUGAGAUGAUAACACAGAGAGGGAUAAAAAACUCAGAGGAGCUUGAAGAGUUAUUGGCUUGUUAUCUGACACUGAACUGCGAUGAAUACCAUGUUCUCAUUAUCAAGGUCUUUCGGCAGGUAUGGUUUGAGCUGAACCAGGUCAAUAUUGGAGCAGGAUUGCAGAAUUGCUGUUGUUCUGAUGACUUGGGAAUUGCUUAACUUCAUGCAAAUGUAAAUAAGUUAUAGGCUUUGCAUUCUGAAAUUUCCAAAGAGCAAUCAAGCUUGAUGGUUUAUACAUUUGCCAGGGCAAUGAACACAACAGUUCAUCGUUCAUCAAGAUGAAUUAGCUCCUUUUACUAUGGAAUUAACAAGGAGUUAAUUGCGACUAGAAUCUGGCAGCCAGAAUUUCCAUCUGCAUCUGGAUGCCAAUGCAUUAACUGAUGGAUAAGAAAUUUAUACCAAAAAAAAAACAUCCAAAUGAUAAGAAAUACUUAUACAUUAUGAACGAGAGAAAAUCUUGGGAAGGAAUGAUAAACUUUAUUUUCGAGAUAUGUUAUAUUUAUGUUUUUGAUUGCUUCUUCUGACACAAGUUCAGGGUAGCUGCUUGCUAUAUAAUUUACAACAAACUGUUUGCUUC